CAUUAGCAAACUGCUCAUCACGACGCCUCCCUAGUGAAAGGAGAACGCAGCAGCAGCUGUCAGUAGGGUAGAGAUGUCGCCAGUCAAGGUUCCUGUCAACCUCCCCGACCUUGUGAGGACAACCUUCAACAAGGCCAAAGCCAAUGACGAUGUCAACUUUUACCCCACGCAGGUCGCCGUCCUGACGCCCGCCGCUUCGACUCCGAUUCAACUCCGCUUCGCGCCCUCUCUAGCGAACAAGCCGAAAUCACCGCCCUCCUCCAAAGAGCACGCCAACAAGCCCUUCAACCCCUUCGAGGACCCUCCUCCAGCCCUGAUCAUCACCCGCCUCGAGCCAGACCACAUCCUCGUUCUCAACAAGUUCGCCAUUGUCCCCGAGCACUUCCUCCUCAUCACACGAACGUUCAAGCACCAGACACACCUCCUCGAUGCGGACGACCUGGCGGCUACGUAUGCCUGUAUACGCGCAUAUCAUGAAUACCCGCCAAGAAGGGCGACAAUAGCAGGCGACGAGGAGGGCAAGGAGAGGAAGGAGGAGGAGGAGGAAGAAGGGAAGAACCAAAAAGGGCUGUUUGCGUUCUUCAACUGUGGAGAGCACAGCGGGGCCAGCCAGCCACACAGGCACCUCCAGCUGCUGCCGGUCGCGAGUAUGCGGGAGGGACUUGCUGAUGCUGCAGGCACGAGUUGGGAUGUCCUUGCGGAUAAGCUUGUGAGGGCAGGAGAUGAUGGGGGAGGGGAGGGGCCGAAGCUGCCGUUCCUGGUCUUUGGGGAACGUCUGCGCCCGGAUAUGGAGGCCAAGGACCUGCGCGCUGCGUAUCUGCGGCUAUACAGGAAAGCAUGUGAGGCUGCUGGGCAAGGGCAGGUCCCUACGGAUGUCGAUGAUGAGGACAGGGCAUCGGACGGAGUAGAAGCGAGGAUCAGUUAUAACAUGGCGCUGACUAGGGAUGCGAUGGUGCUCUGUCCUAGGACAGCAGAAGGGUCUGUUGUGCUGGAUAGGAGGAGGAAGGAGGGGGAGGAAGAGGAAGAAGGUAGGGAGAUGGGCAAGUUGGCGCUGAACGGGACACUGCUGGCUGGGACAGCGCUGGUGAAGACGCAGGGGCAGUGGGAUGCUUUACGGAAUGACCCUUUACAGUUGUGGGAGAUUUUGGGUAAGAUUGGGAUUGCAGUGUGAGAGAAAGUGGGCUUGUGUCCCUUUCAGUGAUUGAUCAAAUCGAUCAGUUUCUGUGCGUUGUAUUGCUCAAUAGACGUCACUGUUGUCUGACAGGACGUUCUUCCUGAUUGAGCCGUGAAGGAAAUUUCAAUAACAUCAUUGACCCCAAUCAGUCUUUCUGCAUGAUUCCU